AAACGCUUUUGGAGCAGUUGUGGUUUCCUCAAAAUUAGCUUCAUGGCUAAAUAUCUCUGAUAACACAGUGUAAAACUUUGCACCAGAGGGCGGGCGAAUACAAAUUCACAAUUAAAGCUAAACCUUUCAUGCGGUUAUGACUUGAUUUCGGUGUCGACAGUUACUGAGCUCAACGGUUAACGUUUUUAAAUCUCCGCAUCACUUAACACAAGUGUCUGGACAGAGCAGGAUGCUAGGAUGUGUCGUUAGCAAACCACCGCAGGAAAUUAGCUCGUUAGCUUAGACAGCCAGCCAGGUGUUAUUAUGAGGCUUAAUUUUUCCUCUUUAUGCUCAUACUCGAUUUAAAUAACCUCUACGUAAUGGACACCGAGGCAAUAGUGAUCCGUAUAAAAACGCCGUCAGGGGACAUGGACUCGUCCGUCGACUGUCCAUCUCUUCUGAACUUCAAUGACUUGCUGGUCGCAAUCCGAGAUGUCAUGCCUGAAGCCACUGUCACGGCCUUUGAAUAUGAAGAUGAGGUGGGAGACAGAAUCACUGUAAGAAGUGAUGAAGAACUCAACGCCAUGUUGUCAUAUUAUUUCAACACAAUGAAUGAACAACGCAUGAAUGGACUGCUGCCGGACCCUCUACAGAUUUUUCCACGAGCCGGCAAGACUCCAGGGAUCCGGAACAUACAUGGCCUGAAGGUUAAUACAAGACCUAACCCAGCCAAUGACUGCACUCAUGCUGUCCCAGAUUCCAUGGCCAACAACAGCUUAAAAAAAUCAUCUGCUGAGCUGAAGAGGAUCUUGACAAAUGGGCAGAUAAAUGCCCAAGAUAUCAACUAUCAAGAGCAGCUUGGCCAUGGAAACGGAGGCACAGUUUACAAAGCGUACCAUCUUCUUGGCAAGCGGGUUUUAGCUGUCAAGGUCAUUCCCCUGGAUAUCACGGUGGAAUUACAGAAGCAGAUCAUGUCAGAAUUAGAAAUUCUCUACAAGUGUGAUUCACCCUACAUCAUCACUUUCUUCAGUGCCUUUUUUGUAGAGAACAGGAUAUCCAUAUGUACAGAAUUUAUGGACGGUGGUUCUCUGGAUGUGUACAAAAGAAUUCCAGAGCAUGUGUUGGGGAGGAUCGCGUUGGCAGUAGUCAAAGGCCUGACAUAUCUGUGGAGCCUGAAGAUACUUCACAGAGAUGUCAAGCCUUCCAAUAUGCUGGUGAACACCCGGGGACAAGUCAAGCUCUGUGACUUUGGUGUCAGCACACAGUUGGUGAAUUCUAUUGCCAAAACAUACGUGGGAACUAACGCAUACAUGGCGCCGGAAAGGAUAUCAGGAGAACAGUAUGGUAUCCACGCAGACGUCUGGAGUGUGGGAAUCUCUUUCAUGGAGUUGGCGCUAGGCAUGUUCCCCUAUCCACAGAUUCAGAAAAACCAAGGAUCUUUAAUGCCUCUCCAGUUACUGCAAUGCAUCGUUGAUGAGGAUCCUCCAGUUCUUCCUGUCGGCCACUUCAGUGAGAAGUUUGUUCACUUCAUCACUCAGUGUAUGCGGCGGCAACCCAAAGAGAGGCCUGCCCCUAAUAACCUCAUGGACCAUUCCUUCAUCAUACAGUAUAAUGAUGGUAAUGCAGAGGUGGUGUCAAUGUGGGUUUGUCGCUGUCUGGAGGAGAGACGAGCUCAGCAGGCUCAGGGACACGUCUGACCUCCUCCUGCUGUCUGCCCAUGAUGGACCCGGACGUUUGAUCCCAAACCUUGAACACUUAUCAAAGGCUUCAGGGUCAUGUACGUCCAUACGCACUGUACAAGUGACUUAAUGUACAUGGACAAAAAUCACUAGAUGUGAAAUACUUUGAGAGUAUUUCUCACAUGAAGUAUUUAUGUGUCAUGCGCCGUGACAUUGAGGAGCUCACGUCCUUUGAACUCUGCAUCUAAAUUUCUGCAUCCAAAAAGUGCACAGAGAGCUGCUUUCUAUCGUGGGUCUCCAGCCGCAGGUUCGUCUCCACGUUUUUUGUGAGUAUACAGAAAUGAGCAGAAGUGAGCACCACAGUCUGAUGAAUGGAGAUAAACAGUCCUCCUUUAAAGGAUCAAUGACAAACAACUUCAAAGCAUAAGACUGCAAAACGCUGGCAGAGUUGUGCUUUGUUUCGAGGAUGGUAUCUCAAAUAACCGCCUUGUGCUUUACUGUUGACAGCCCUCUAGUGAAUGUUAAGGUUUUUGCCUGUGAGUAACUGCCCAUGUGUGUGCCUGUUUUUCCAGUGGUGUCAUUUAUUACCUCAGCAAACUUAGGUUGUCACUGUAAUAGGAAAACUGUCCCCCAAAAAUGUACCUUGUUUUAAUACCCAGACUAGAACAUUUGUAUCCAGUUGUACCCUAAUCUUGUGAUGUUUGGGUAUUAAAUGGAUACAAAGCUCUGUCUAUAAGGAGUGUUUAAGUGAACAAGCCUGUGGUAUCAGUGAGUUUGAAGCAGCUCUGCAGUGUUACAGAGUGGAAUGAAAUGUUGAAAUGCAUCUUUUCUUGGUUCUCAAGCUUACUGACCAAACAAUUUAUUGUUCACACUCAUCGGGAGGAACCCGAGUUUCUUUUCGUUUAAGCCAUUUGCACAGACAUGCCUGACGUUGAAUGCCACUGAAACUGUUGGAGAGGAAAUUGUGCUGAAGCAGUUUUUCAUUCAGCUGUUUUUUGCUUUUCUUAGAAUCGAUUAAGAAUAAGAGAAACUAUGGACAGUUGAAGAGAAACAUAACAGAAUCCAUAACUCUUCCUCCCCUUAUAAACACUUUUUUUCAUUUUAAUUUAUUGUUUUAUCCACUUUCUCACCAGUAAGUUCUACUUUAGCAAGAUAUGUCAUGUACUAUACAGAAAUUAUGCUAUUUUAUUGCAUUGCCUAAUGAGAUCAGUUGAUAUACUACAGAGCCUCCUAAAGGUCAUGGUGAGAUUUUUUUUGAAAACUAUUUUUACAUUCCCUCGCAAAAUGUUUUGCAUUACCUCGUAAUACUUUUCUUCCGCUCAGCUGCUCCCAUUGCAACGCCCCAGUAUAUCAUCAGCUCAUUGAAUUUUACUUUGAACUGGGCUUUAAGUAUGCUGAUAUAGUACAACUGCUCAAUAGGCAUGCAUGGUUAUGUAACUAGUGAAAGUCAACUUAAACCAAUUCUUAGAUCAAGAGGUCUCUCAAGAAGAAAGCAGUACCGUAAUCUGUAGUCUGUACAGUACUUUACCCCAGAGGGGUUUCACUGAGGAAAAGGAGAUGUCUCCAGAGGCGGAUUUACAGAUGUGCAGUUGAAUCUACCUCAUAAAGCUAAUGUGCUGCAAGUCAAAAAAGCAACAAACAAGAAGGCAACUGAAAUGCUGCAAACAGAGUCUGUGGUUUUGACACAGAAAGAGCAGACUACAUUGAACCACUUGCAGAGAUACAUCAGGAAUACAGACCAAUGCAAGUCGGAAAGCUUUUUGCAUUUUUGCACAGGAUCCUCUGUUCUUUGCACAAAACAAAUUAAAGUAACCUUCAUUGCUGAAACAGGUUUUGGCAGAAGGCCUGUUGCUGUAAGUGUGGAGCAAUAAUUGAUGUUUAAACUUACAGCUCCCACCCAGAAGUUUGAUAAUGUUAUAUCUGAUAACUUCUUUGCAAUGGACAUCAUAUAAGGUGAGGUGUCCAUAAACAAUGCUUAAUGCAUUAACUUGAGAAUCUCCACAUUACCUUCCAUUACAAGUAGACAUAUGGCUCAGAAGGAAUGGAAGAAGAAAAGUAUUGCGAGAGAACGCAAAACAUAUUGCGAGGGAAUGCAAAAGUAGUCCUCAAAACAAUUCCUGCCAUGACCUUUAGGGGGCUCCGUAAUAUACAGUACUGUAGAGGGAAAACAUUAACGCAGUGCACUUAACACCAAAGACCAUUGAUAACCCAAAUGGUGAGUUAUAUGGAUUUCUCAUGACUGAGGCAAACAUAAUGGGUUAAGUGACUAAAAUGAAUUGCUUCUGCAGGGUCUUUAUUUUGCAGCUGUUGAAAUGUGUAGAGCUCAAGUGCAAUUAAAUUCCAUUACUUCCACAAAGGCACAGUGAACGCAGCCUACAGUGACAUGAUGUGUACAGUGUGCGCAUCGCUGGAAACGAAUGUAACGGCAAUACAUCAGUGCAACAGAAAAGGCUUAAAGCACCAGUUUAUUAUACAUGUAAUGAGUCAACAUGAUAUCAUGGGAUUGUGCAUAAAUAGCACGCCAGACAUUCACGUGUCAUGUCUACGCAUUUUAAGCUUUUCGCCUGUCAUUUAACACAGUUAGAGAUGCCGCAUUUCAUGACUUUUGGACGUGCAGGAAAGGACGAAGUCAAGUGACCUUCGUUGUCAUAGUCAGGUGACUUUAGUCGUCAUGCUAACAGAAAAUAUACGUGGUUAACGUUGUGAAACGGUCACGGUUAGGUUUAGGCAACAAAACUACUUGGUUAGGUUUAGGAAAUGGUCGUGGUUUGGGUUAAAAGGGUAGGUUAUGUAAGUUAAAUAUGUUACGUAUGCGACGUAAGUUAAAUACGUUGCAUAAGUUCCGUAACUUACGUACAUAAGUUUAAAUAAGUCAACAUUGACUUUUGGUUUCACGCUGGACACAAACGGCGUUCUCCUGGGUGAAGGUCCUGUGUUUGUUUCUGGGAGAUUGUCCUGUAUUUGUUAGACCCAUCCAUCCACCCCGACCUCCUCCCUACGUGGACUUUGUCGCUUUUUAUAGUACAUCAUCUGACUAUUUUUUUUUUCCCUCUAUGACCCUCGCGCAAAAAACAACACGCCGUCUCAGCAAAUUAGAAGUCACUACACAGAUUAGCAUGAAAUGACACGCGAAAAGCAAAACAUGCGUUGUGAUAGCACGCAAAAUGACCUAAGACAUUGUUUUUCAUACCCCAUUUGAGGAUACCAGGCUGGAUGAGUAGUUUCACACUGUUCAAUUUGCUUUUGUUCUCUGUAACGAUGAGGAGACACAUGGAUGGUAGAUUUUAAUCACUGGCCUUUGACUGUAAAUCAUCCAAAACAGAACACAUUUGUUGUUUGUAGAACAAUCAAACAUCGUUCCAAGCAUAAUUUGGGAACUCUUGAAGAUUUCAAGCCUACAGUGGAUCUUCUUCUUUUUUUUUUCAGAAUUUUGAUUGUCAAGCAUCUUAUUUCCAGAACGGGAAAUUUAGCGUACAUGCUACUUAAGUGACAUUUACUUUCCUUUAGAACGGACCCGACGGGGAAUGAAAGAAAUAACUAUGUGUGUGGAAAUCCCAGGCUGUGUCCCAGCUCUAUACUACAUGUAGUGCAUGUACGUAUUUAUACAUACAAAAUUUUGUAUACUUAAAGAUGCAAAUAUUCACAUUAAAUUUGCCUAUUUUUUAUAUUUUUGGGGUUGGUGGACACUGUUGUCCCACAAUGCAAUGUGUGGAAAGUGAAUUGAAGAUGGCAGUGUGGCAGCUCCAAAAACAUCUGGAAAACAAAAAAUCUAAUUUGGCAAAAAAAUCUUAUUUUCAACAUACUAGCUUUUUCUAGAACUAGGAGGCCCGUGAGAUGCAAUUAAUAUUUUUGGUAAAAGCUAGUAAAUGGAGUAUUUUUGAAGUGUGAUUGGUUGAAGCUGUUUAACGGGUUACGGUGUGGGAGGGAAACUUCUCCUAUCGCCCUCUACUGCUUGUGCUCAAAACUCAUCGAGCCACGAUUUCUCAGUGAAUUUGAUUUGGGAUCCCAGACUACAUUAAAUAUAAAAUUUUAUGGAAUCGUUUUCCAUAUCCAACAGUUAAUUAUUGUUAAUAAGCAUUGCUUGUUUCAAUGUACCACAAUGUACAGACAAAUUGUUUUUGUUUGUUAAUGGAAUCCAGUAAAGUGCACAACCAGCAGAGGCGCUGUUGUGUCAUGAUCCCUCCCAUAUUAACAAAUUUCAUUAGUGCCAUUAUUUGCCUCAGAAACCUGAAAAUGAGGCACAGCCUUUUCACUUUUAUGUACAUAAAUAUACUUUUACCUUAACUUUGGGAAGGACGCCUGUGCAAGACGCAGUUUGUGAAACUCAAAAUUUGAAGAUGUCCCAGUAACUGAAAUACAUCACCAUGGAUUUUCCAGCAGUUUCACAAUGAAUAUGUACUUUGCAUUAUACCACAUAUAUUGUUAAUUAUAUUCAUCUAACUGUCACUUUGGGUAAGUCAAGUUCUACCUGUGUGACAUCCACCUUACAUUAAGUUGGCCUUAAAUGUAACUGAAGCUAUAAAUACUUAAAUAACUACUAAAUAAGUGUGAAAUAGGAAGAGUGUGUAGUGCCGAUGAACAACCUGCAAGUGUUAAUGUAUUCUUGCAACUCAAAUGAAACCAAAAAUAAAAAAACAAUUCAUAUUUCUGAGCAGAUGUACUGUAAGCUCCAAAAGCUCAGACACGUCUUUUUAUGGUUUGGCAAUGUUUACAUUGACUCUGAUUUUUAAAUAUGAAUCUGAAGUAUCAGUGGAAAUAUAUAUUUUUUUUUUUACUUUUCAGCCUGCUUACAACAGAGAUCACUACUUGUGAGUUGCCCUGAUAUUUUUCCUGUUUUUGCCUAAACCACCAAGCAUUAAGUCAGUGAUUGGACUCACAUGCUGUGAUAUUACUGGCUGAUUAUGGCCUUUUCUGUAAUUAUCUGUGUUGGCACAUAUUCCAACCAUAAUGCACAAAUAAUAAUAAAAAGUAUUUAAACAUAA